GACGCAGCUAUCUCAUCUCAUACGUAUUAGUCUUGAUUUAUUAUGAUGUUCGUAUUGUCAUAAUAUUUGACUAAGGAUAUUUUAGAUGUAGUUCUCAUGUGUGUUACUAGAGCGCCUACUCUAUGGACUAAAGCUAUGUUUAAAUCACACGAGAUGACUUAAACAAUCUUUAGGGCCUAUUGUUCUUGAUAUAAUAUAGAUAUGGUAUCAUAAGUUGGCCUCUAGGGCUCACUUAUAUUCAACAGAUGUCUAAUAACAACCAUAACCUCACUCUUCGCUCGAUCCUCGACAAAGAUAAGUUGACCGGCUCUAACUUCUUAGACUGGCAAAGAAACCUCGUUAUUGUUCUUCGACUUGAGAAGAAAGAGUACGUGCUCGAACGAGCGAUUCCACCCAUCCCGGCCGCCAAUGCUUCUAGAGCUAUCAAAGAUGCUUAUGAAAAGCAUGUUGAUGAUGACAAUGAGGUGGCAUGUCUCAUGUUGGCUACGAUGACUUCUGACCUUCAGAAACAUCACGAGAAGUUGUACAAGCAGUUUGUGGUUAAUUACAAGAUGCAUGAACUUGAUAAACCACUUCCAAAACUUUUGAAGAUGCUGCAAACUUCCGAAGAGAGCUGGACAAAAGGAAAGAGGAAUUCUGUCCUUCUAGUUCAAGGAGGAAAAGGCAAGAAAAAAUUCAAGAAGGCAAAGAAGAAUGGGCCUAAAGGCAAGGGUAACAGUGAGCCAAAUUCCAGGUCUUCUAAGCUAAAGCCUAAAGGUGGAGUGGCCAAAGAUUCCAUUUGUCAUCACUGUGGUGAAGUUGGCCACUGGAAGAGGAAUUGCAAGCAGUAUUUGGCAACCAAGAAAAAGGGUGAAGCGUCUGCUUCAGGAACUGAGGAGAAGAAGUAGGAGUGUUGAUCUUGAAGAUGCAAGGGUUGCAGCUGAGUGGCGCAUUAGUUUAAGUUUUAGUAUUUGAUCAAUUUUCAAUUUCGAAUUGAUGUUUACUUAUUGUUUUAAGUACUAUUGGUUAUUUCAAUAAAGCACAAAUUGUUGCUCCAUUUAUAAGAGUAUUUCAUAUGAUCAAAUAUUUUGCCUCACAAGCAUGCCGCAAUACAACAACCGUACCAAGGCUAUAAAGUACGAAUAUUGAUUAGUUAAUAAGUUUGUCACAAAAUUAUGAAUAAAGUGAUAAACACUUA